GAGAGAGACGUUGAGAAGGAGAGUGGAGAGAGAGAGACAGAGAGUGUCUGGUGUACACUGGAGAUUUGAUAAAAGUACAGCCGCCUUGCAGGCUACGGUAAGGACAAGUUCCCGUGUCGCUCGUCUUCUGGGAACGCGUUAUAAUAUUUCUUUCCUCGGUUUUGCCACGGUGUGGUUUGUAUUUAAGAUUGAGACUCUAGACGAGAAGCAGACGAGACUCAAAGGUGCGCUUUGGGCAAAAGAAGAAAAAAAUUAGAUUUUAACUUCAGUAGGAAAAAAAAAGAAUUCCAAACGGCUUUGGAGAUGAAGAGUUUGGAGAUUUAACAACAAAAGCGCAUUUUAAAGAUCGCUGGGGACGAUUCUGAAGUUUGACAGACGAUGCUAUUCGAUGGUACAUCACUGGACUGGGUGCAUUGUAACGGAUGAAGAAUGGUCUUUUAUCGGAAAUAAAUGGAAGUGAAUAUUGACAAAUCUCCCAGAUGUUUUAGUUCUUUUUCAAGGAUGAAGCUGGAUUGGAACUACAGUUUGCCUUCUAAGAACAAAGGAACCCAAGUUGGUUGAAUCAGCAACAGAAAGUGAGACAGGCAUACUGAGGGACAGCAAAUGAUGGAUUUCUACCAACACAACAGCCAACCCCAGAACCCCCACCACCAUCAAAUCAACUCCUCCGCGGGGACCCCCUGGCAAAGGAACCAGUCUUCAGCCUUCUCCCCCAACUCCUCGGCGCCCCCUGCUGAAGACAUGAUAGUCACUGCGGUCAUCGGAACGCUCCUGUCUCUGAUGUGUGCCAUCGGGCUGGCAGGUAACCUCUACACCCUGGCGGUGGUACGCAGAGGGCAUGGGAGGUCCUCCUCUUCUCUGUAUGUCCAUGUUCUGAACCUGGCUUUGGCUGACCUGCUUUAUCUCUGCACCGCCCCGUUUAUCGUCUAUGACAGCUUCGCUCCGGACUGGGUGUUCGGGGAGGCCGGCUGCAGAGUCCUGUUGACUCUGGAUCUCCUCACCAUGCACUCCAGCAUUUUCAUCUUGACCAUCAUGAGCUCUGAAAGGUACGCGGCCAUCGCCAGGCCCCUGGCCGCAGCCGGGAGGUCCAGGGGCUAUCGGAAAGUGGUGGCCCCUUUAGUCUGGGUCCUGUCCCUGGGUCUGACCUCUCCCAUGAUGGCCAUGGUGCAUCUGGAGGAGCGGCUCAUGGAGGACGGGAGUCUGAGGAGGCUGUGCUCCCCCACGUGGAGCGAGGAGGAUUAUAAAAUUUACCUCACUGUGCUUUUCACCACCAGCAUCCUGGCUCCGGGGGUCAUCAUCGGGUUCCUGUACGGCGGCUUGGCUCGAAUCUACUGGAGAUCCCAGACCAAAGGGAAUGUGGGUCAGGGGCAGUCGCGGCCUCCCAAACACAAGGUCCUGUACAUGAUCUUCGCCAUCGUGCUGGCCUUCUGGGCAUGUUUCUUACCCUUUUGGGUCUGGCAGCUGCUGCCUCUGUACCGGCCGGAGGCCCUGCGUUUUUUACCCGUGCGAACAGAGAUUUACAUCAAUCACCUGGUGACCUGCCUGACCUACGGGAACUCCUGCGUGAACCCUUUCCUGUACACGUUACUGACCAAGAACUACAAGGAGUACCGCAAGGGCAAUGCCGGGAGUCACCACAAGGGGGCAGUGGUGGUCAUGCUGGCUUCUUAUCCCUGCAAGAGGGGGACUGGGCUUAGCGAGGCAGGGGUCGGGGAGGCUGGGAGGGCCGGAAGUGGGAAGAUUUUGGCCCCCAGCUCCGCGACUGCAAUGGAAACUGUUAUCCGCUCAUCUGGUCACCUGCAGGGGGCGGUAUAGGACAGGGGUGAACCUGAAGAGCCGCAGGGUCUUCUGGUUUUUGUUUGUAAUUGACCAGUGUGCUUUAUUUGAGUUCACAGCUACUCUGGGAAGAAUUACCUACCAUGAAUAGUCAAGCUAUUCCAAGGCAUAUUUUAAGGUGGGGGUGGGGGGGGGGGGGGGAGUAAUUUAGCUUGUAUUUUAAUUUGUUCUGUAUAUUUUUUACAUUUUAUAAACAUAUUUAAAUAUUGUAGAUAGAAACUGGCAUAUAAAUAAAUUAUCUAUAAGAUAUGAAUGGCUGAGUAAAUUUGACAAAAUACGUUGGGAGGAAAAAACGUGUUGAUAAAUAAUUUGGUAGUUUUUUUUUUUGUCUGUGCUGUAUAUUAUACAGAUUUUUUUAAUGCAUGCUGGAGCACUAGCUUACUGUUCUGCCCAAGAGACUUUUACAUUGUGCAUAGCACCCCCUGGUGAAUUAUACGGCAAUAGCCAGUAAGAUAAAACUUCUGGUAAAUGCUAGCAAGUCUUCAGAAAGGUUUCAUUUGAUGGUUUGUGUGCAUUUUUUUUACGAUAUACGAUACACUGUAAAUUCUGUAUAUUAAAUAUAUGACUUUAUUAA